AUGGAAAGAAUUCCUUAUGCUUCUGCUGUAGGAAGUUUAAUGUAUGCACAAACUUGCACCAGGCCAGACAUCAGUUUUGUAGUUGGUAUGUUGGACAGAUACCAAAGUAAUCCUGGAAUGGAUCAUUGGAAAGCUGCGAAGAAAGUGAUGAGGUACUUGAGGGGAACAAAAGAUUAUAUACUUACUUUUAAGAGGUAUGAUAAUUUGGAGGUGAUUGGCUACACUGAUUCAGACUUUACUGGAUGUGUUGAUAGUAGAAAAUCAACUUUUGGUUAUGUAUACCUGUUGGCUGGGGCAACAAUUUCAUGGAAAAGGCUUGCUAUUGUCAACACUAUUGAGAAGCCGCUGAGGAUUUAUUGUGAUAAUUCUGCAGCUAUAUUUUUCUCCAAGAACGACAAAUACUCUAAUGGUGCUAAACACAUGGAGUUAAAGUAUUUUGCCGUUAAGGAGGAAGUUCAGAAACAACGGGUGUCUAUUGAACAUAUUAAUACUGAGCUCAUGGUUGCAGAUCCACUAACUAAAGGGUUACCACCAAAGACAUUUAAAGAACAUGUUAAAAGGAUGGGUCUUGAUUGUAACCCUUGA